GGAUCCGGGGCGGUCCCGCGGCCGUUCCGGUGCCGCCAUGGCCGCCGCUGCGGGGCUGGCGCUGCUGGCGGCGCUGCUGGCGGCGGCCGGGGCCGAGCGGAGCCGGAAGGUGUCCAUGGAGUACAACCCAGGCUGGAACAGCUCCUCGGUGAACCUGCUGCACGUGCGGGCGCUGGGGCCCGAGGACAGCCUGCACUACGUCUGGAGCAGCAUCGGGGCCCCCUCCGUGCUCCUGGUGGCCACCAGCAGCCCCAGCAGUGCCCUGAGGGUCAACUGGACCCAGCUGCUGUCCCCCAACCCUGCUGGAGCCGUCUGGAUCGAGCCUCCCGACAGCGUGGUCUACGCCACGGCCGUGGUUUUCACCAAGCUCUUCGAGUUCAGCCAGGCCAGAAAUCCUUCGGGGGAGCUCUUCUACCCCGCCUAUGACCUGUCUGAGUUCUCCUGGGACAGCCUCAGCCUGAACCGCACGGCGCUGACGGCCGAGCUCCGCGGGGCCCCGGCCACCGACCCCGGCGGGGCCUUCGCCAACGGCAGCCUGGCAUUCCGGCUGACCGCCUACGCCUCCCCGGGCCGCUCGGGGCGGCUGCCGCGGCUGCUGCACAGCGCGGAGAGCUCCCAGCUGGAAUUCCUGCUGGCCGGGGUGGCUCCCCGCGGGAACGGCUCCCGCUUCCUGCUGGAACUGGCCACGGUGGAGGCGCCGGGGGCUGCUCGGAGCCUCCGCUCCCACCGAUCCAUCGACGACGAGUACACCCCCAGCAUCUUCCAGGUGCUGUCCCUGCUGGCUCAGCCCCACAACAGCAGCUCCGUUUUGGGAUUCCUGCAGUGGAAAGCCACGGCCUAUGGCUCACCCAGCCCCCGGCGUGAGGAUGGCAUCCAGUGCAGGGCUGGGGGGCUGCAGGUGGCCAGCGGGACCCUGCCCAUGGCCAGCGUGGUCCAGGCUUAUUUUGGGGAGAGUUUGGGCAGCAGCUGCACCAUCAACGCCCUCAAUGUGUCCUUUGGGGGUGAGGAGGGAGAGGUGUACCAGGAGAAGAGGUACCUCAGCUGGUCGGUGCUGCUGGGUUUCGGGGAGCCCCCCAGGGACACCUUCUCCCCCCUGGUGAUCUCCAUCGCGGCCGUGGCGCUGGGCACCCCGCUGGCCAUGCUGCUGCUGGGCAGCUGCCUGCUGCUGCUGGCACGGAGGCGACGCUACUCCGAGUACGAGCCCAUCAACUGAGGGGGCACCGAGACCCCCGGGAUCCUCCACUUCCCUUCCCAGUAUGAGCCCAUCAACUGAGGGGGCACCGAGACCCCCCGGGAUCCUCCACUUCCCUUCCCAGUACGAGCCCAUCAACUGAGGGGGGCACCGAGACCCCCCAGGAUCCUCCCCUUCCCUUCCCGGCUCCUCCUUCCCCUGGGAUUCCCGGAUUCCCUGCCCGGGAAUGGCCGUGGCUGCUGCUGCUGCUGCCACCUCCUCUGCCCCCCGAGGGGACCAGGGUGACAUUUUCAGCUGCCACCUCCUCUUCCACCUCCUCUGCCCCCUGAGGGGACUGGGGUGACAUUUUCAGCUGCCACCUCCUCUUCCACCUCCUCUGCCCCCCGAGGGGACUGGGGUGACACUUUCAGCUGCCCAGUGCUGCUGCCAUCCCCUCUGCCCCCCGAGGUGACACUUUCAGCUGCCACCUCCCCCCACUUUGUGUCCUGCUCCUUCCCACUCCCUCCCCAGAUUUUUCCUGAUCCAUGCAGCAAAGGGAAGCGUUGGGGGGGAGUUUGGUCAGGAAAAUCUUCCCCUUCCUCCUCCUCCUCCUCCUCCUCCUCCUCCUCCUCCUCCUCCCAAGGGAUACAACCACUGCUGGCCAAGGACUGGCUCCAGUGCCACUUCCAGGGGUGGGGAGCAGCUCCACUCCUGCUCCCAGCACAUCCCAGCUCCUCCCUGCUCCACCUUCCCGCUGCUGUGCCGGCCUGGGACACGAGGGACACCCAGUGCCACGUGCCAGCAGCUGCUGAAGCUCAGGUGUGUCCUGUCAGGCCAUGGAGAGCUGGUCCAGCUGGGAAUGUGCUCCUGGAUACCCACCAGAUGCUGCCCAGCUGGGGCGAGCGUGGCCUGUGGCUCCUCGAGGUUCUCAGAGGGAUCUGGGGCUGAGUUGGCCAUCACUGACUCGUCUUCAACCAAAUAAAGUGGAUUUCUGACUUGUCUUCAACCAAAUAAAGUGGAUUUCUAGACACA